AUGAGGAAUUCAUUUCAGAGUGCAGAAUUGAGGCCUUCGACCUCAUCUACGAGCACUGUGGAGCGUGGUGUGGAAUACUCGCUGGCUGACGCCGCAGACCAAGGUCCACCUGCGAAGAAACCCAGGAGCAUGCAGUUAUCAGGAGUUCAGACACAGCAACAAUCACCUCCAAAAUCUGUUGGUCAACGAAUAAAAGAAACUUUGCAAACAUCGAAGAGUCAGUUAUGUCGAUCUUCAAAUGUCGCUGAUACGAGUCUGAUUUCGGCCCCGAUGUCACCUCCUCCGCUUGGUGCCGCAGAAGUCAAUACAAUUCGCAUCAUCGGCCAGUAUCUCAAAAAUCUUGGUUUACAGGAAACUGUAGCAACACUCUUUGCGGAAAGUGGAUGCCGCCUUGAAGAUACCUUAGCAGUACGUUUACGCGAAUAUAUAAUAGCAGGUGAAUGGGAUCAUGCACUUGGUAUCGUGGAUAAAAUGUCGCCGUUUGUUGCCAAUCUGAAUUUAUUACGCAUCCGUGAGAAAUUGUAUGAAGAAAAAUUUGUUGAUUUGUUGGGGAAAGAAAGGGUUUUGGAAGCACUCAGUUUGUUGACAGUAGAUUUUCCAUCAGAUCCUGCAUUCUUUGAUCGUCGGAAUUUUCUUGCAACACUACUGUAUGUUGACCCAAAGAGUGUAGAUGUAUGUGCGAAAACGGGAGCUCAUCGUACUGAACGAGAAAGAAAUGUACUGGUAGCUGAGAUUCAACAGUUAUUGCCCACGGCAGUCAUGCUACCUUGCAAUAGGCUGAAAAAACUGCUCAUGCAAUCCUGGAAGAUGCAGUGUCGCGAAUGCUAUCUCCAUGUUAGGGAAGAUUUCGAUGUUUCUCCGGAUUAUAUUUUGGAAGACCAUCAGUGUGACUGGGAUCAUUUCCCUAUGUUUACUUCGCAGGUGUUAACGAAACAUACAGAUGAGGUUUGGUGUGCGGCGUUUUCUCAUUGUGGAAAAUACUUAGCAACGGGUAGUAGGUCCGGAGCAGCUCAUAUAUGGAAAAUAAUUAAUGAAGCUACCGUUGAGCCGUACAAAGAACUUACUGGACGAAACAGUUCAUCGUUGUUAACUUGGAGUGACGAUGGUGCACUUCUAGCAGUAAGCGCUGCGGAGGGCCACCUAGCGGAUGUUCACGUUUACGAUGUACAUAGUGGCAUCAUAUUUUGUGUUAUCGAAAACAGAGCGAACGAUAGCACUGUUAUGUCGUUUGUUCCCAACUCAUCAUUCAGUUAUAAACUUGUUUGCGCUGAUCAGAUGGGACAUUUUUGUCAAUAUACUUUAUCAAAAAACAGUGUGAAAUCUGAAGGAAAAUUCGAAGGUUAUAGGAUUCGCGCUGUUCACUGUCUCAGGAAUGGAUCGGUUUUAGCAGCAGAUACUCACAACAGAGUUCGCAGUUAUCGAUUUAGCGACGAUUCUGAAAUAACGCUCAUUGAAGAACUAAGUCAGAUUUCAACAUUUGUGGUGGAUAAGUCGGAGCGACGUGUUUUGAUUGAUACUAAACUGCACGGUUUGAGAUUAUGGGACUUAAGAACACGAACUUUGAUCAGGUCUUUCAUUGGUGCACCGCAUCAAGAUUUUAUUAUUCAUUCGACUUUUGGUGGCUCCGAGCAGUCGUAUGUCGCUACCGGUUCCACAGAUGAAUGUAUAUAUGUAUGGAAGCAGAGCUGCGAAGAAUUAAUAGCAAAACUGGCUGGACAUACUGCACGUGUCAAUGCCGUGGCGUGGAAUCCUAGGUUACCGCAAUUGGUUUCCUGUUCUGAUGAUUGUACAAUUCGUAUUUGGAGUCCACUUGUCGGCAUUGAUUCAUCCACUAUUCAGCAGAAUUGAUGUUAUUGUAUUUCAUUAUUUCUUUUUAUUGUACUUCACUACUAGUUUCAUUCUUAUUUGUAUUUCAUUAUAUUACUAGGUUCGCUUUCCUGUAUUUAAUAUUAUUAAGCGUUGCCUAUUUAAACGCAAAAUUGUAAGCAUGAAGAUUAUAACAAUUUGUAUAAAACAGUCAUUUUAUGAGCGUUUUUACGCUUUUUCUUUUUGAAAACUCGUGUUGUAUCUUUUCUCCAUAGCAGAUUACCUCAACUUGGCCAUUGGUUAUUUGUUGACAUCAUCCGGCUUGGUCACUGCUCCCCUAUUUACCCCUCGGACUUCAGGGACAAACCAGUCAAUGAUUUACGCCAUUGUUGUUGUUGAGUGCCGUUGUACCACUCAGUUUUGUAUGCGAUUUCUUCGAUCACCCCUCGGUAUAUUUCUAUGUGAUCUACUAGAAGUCGAUGAUUGUAUUCAUAUCAGAAUUUUGCAUAGGUGGGUCUUUUAUAUGCACUACUGUGGUUUCUGUGCCAAUUUCAUCUCCAAAUAACUUUAAAAUUGUAGUGAUAACUUUCUAUGAAUUAACGCGUGCCGGAAGAUUACUUUUUGCUUGACUCGAAUUGUUCUCCAUCUUAAGUUCUCGUCGCUGAGUCACAGUUGUAUUACUACCGAGAAUUGUAUUAUUACUGAAAAUUCAAUUCGUCCUUUCAUAGCGCUUGUGAAUGCCUUGUAUCAAAAGAGAAACGCAGAAACGGGUCAUCACCUGUGAUCGACUGAUUAAAUCGUUGGUUUUUAAGACUGUCUCAC